AUGUUUAAAUGGAUUCCCUUGUUAGUUUAUCUAAUUCAUUUUUGUUUUGGAGAUGAAUUGUUAUCAGUACAUAUCAUGUGGAGACAUGGAGCAAGAAAACCUUAUUUCUGUAAUUGGGGUUGUGAUGAUAAAAUGUUAUCUUCAAUGUCUGAACUGACUCCUGUAGGAAUGAGAUAACAUUAUGUCUUAGGAUAAUGGCUUAGAAAAUAAUAUAUAGAAACAGGAUUUCUAGAUCCUUAUUUUAAUGAAACAUAAAUCUAUAUAGAGAGUAGUAAUACAAAUAGGUAAGGCUUUUUGUAUAAAAAUAAGAACAAUUAUGAGUGCAUACAGUAAUUUAUAAGGCAUGUUUCCUCAGGGUCCUAUAGUUCCAGAAAUAGCUAAAGAUUUAUUAUUACCUCCAAUGGCUGAUGUUAAAGCCCCAGAAGGAAUUUAGAAUUUUGCUUUACCUAAUAAGAUUUAGGUUAUUCCAAUCCAUAGUAUUUAAGAAGAAUUAGACUAUGUAAUGUACAUGUUUUGUCCUGUCUUAUGGGAUGAAGGGGCUCAUAAUUUACAUACCGAUGUAUACUAUGAUAUUAACAGUCGUUCUUAAGAAUUGAUUAAAAGAUUUAAUAAAGAACUCAACCAAAAUUUAACAAACAUAGUGGAACUAUAUGAAUGGAGAGAUACUUUUAUUAGUAAUAUAUAUAAUGGAGGUGAUAAUCCUAAAGAAUUAACUCCAGAUUUGAUGGCAGAAUUAGAUAAAAUUGCAGGACUUGGAUUCUUAUUAUUUUAUACAUAAGACUAUUAUCAAGCAUCUCUUCUUACAAGUGAAUUUUUUAGAACUGUUCUUGAUGGUUUUGAUGGGAUUUUGAAUGGAACUUCAAAAAUAAAGUAUCAUGCUUAUUCUGCUCAUGAUUCUAGUAUAUAUGCUUCUUUAUAUGCAUUGAAUUUAACAAAUGUUGAAUGCUAUAAUCAAAGUUAUUUUGGAAAAGUUGAAUCAAAUACUACUUGCAUUACUACAUAUCCUGAUUAUACUGCCAAUAUUAUUUAUGAAUUAUAUAAUAGUUCUACUCUUGGACCUUAUGUUAAAGUAAUGUAUAAUGGAACAUAUGUCAAUAUUUGUCAUGAUUAAGCAUUAACAUGUUCUUAUUCUCAUUUUAAAAAUAUUCUCAAAGGGAUUAGAAAGGAUUACAAAAAAGAAUGUAAAAUUAAAGAUAGAUCAAUGCCUAUAGAUUAUUAAACUCCAUGGUGGGCUAUCACAUUUUUUAUUUUAGUAUUGGGUUUAUUCAUUUGUUCUAUUUCAAUGGUUGUCAUUAUACAUCAAAAAAAAUAAAGAUUUGUGAGAUAAAAUAAUAGAUAUGGAGUUUGA